GGCAUAUGUUCAGUCGACUGGUGGGAAGAAGAAGCACAGAUGCGGCGGCUGGUGCGAAAUUGGAAUGGCCGGUUGUUAUUCAACGGCAAAUCCGGCCAAGAAAUUGUUGGACAUGCCGGUGUCCAUCAGGAGGCCAAGUCCGAGUCCUCUACCAAGGAGGAGGGAGCGGGCGAGGUGGAUAAGAAUGGCUACGGCGCCAAGCACUGCAUGAAACUGGUGGAGAAGUACGACUAUGAGAACUACCUGUGCACCCUGCUGCUGCCACGGGAAUUGCGACGAGCUGCCUUCGCCCUAAGGGCAUUCAAUGUGGAGGUUUCCAGAUCCGUCAGCGGCCAUCUAGUCGAGCCCCAAAUCGCCAAGCUGCGCCUCAAGUUCUGGCACGACUCCAUAGACAAGUGCUUCGAGGCGGAGUCGCAACGCUCCUACGUGGAGGACCAGCCCGUCCUGCGCGAACUGAAGCACACGGUGGGCAGCCGCAAGCUGAACAAGGUGUACUUGCGCCGCCUGGUCACGGCACGCGAUCGUCCGCACACCCAUGGAUUCGAGACGGUCCGCGAACUGGAGGAGUACGCCGAACAGACCUUCUCCUCGCUGCUGCUCCUGCUGUUGGAGGUGGCCGGAGUGCGUGAUCUGCAGGUGGACCAUGCCGCCUCGCAUCUGGGCAAGGCCCAGGGAAUAGCCACCCUACUGCGGGCCAUUCCGCUGGCGGGACGUCAGCAGGCGGCCUGUGUGCCGCUCGAAGUGCUUGUGCGCCAUGGCGUCAGCCAGGAGCGCAUCAUUCGCUGCAAGAGCGAUGACAAGGGCGUCGAGGAGUGCAUAUUCGAGGUGGCCAGUGCCGCCAAUGGGCACCUAAAGCUCGCCAGGCAGCUCAAGGAUCAGGUGUCGCCCCUCGUGCCCAAGAUCUUCCUCACCGCCGUGGCGACGGAUGCCUAUCUGGAGCGCCUGCGUCGCGCCAACUUCCUGCUUACCCACAAAAGCUGCACAGGACGUGACUCCAUGCUGCCCGCACGUCUAUUUUGGAAGUCGCUAUUUAAUCGGUACUGAUACCAGUUACUUUAGUAGUAGUAAAACUAGGCCUAAUGCCACAUUGUUGACUUCUUUAAGUAAAACCGUUUUAAAACCA